AACAGAAAAUUUUAAUGUAUUUAUAUCACGCAAAAUUUUUUUUUCAGAUAAUUACGAAUACUUCUGAGUUAGACAAUGAUGUUUCCAAUAAUGAAUUGAUUAAUAAUGAAAAUCAAGAUGUGGAAUGUGAAGUUAGUAUUAAAAUAGUAACACUAUAACAGAAAAUUUUAAUGUAUUUGUAUCACGCAAAAUAUUUUUUUCAGGUAAUUACGAAUACUUCUGAGUUAGACAAUGAUGUUUCCAAUAAUGAAUUGAUUAAUAAUAAAAAUCAAGAUGUGGAAUUUGAAAUAAUUACGAAUAUUUCUGAGUCUUUAUCUAUAACUAAUUUAAGAAAAAAUAAAGAAGGCAAGAAACAACGUGAACAUGAAAAUCUUGCAGAAGUUAUUCAAAGACAACAUCUACGAAUGAUAAAUAUGAGAAGAAAAAUGAAAGCUUUAAGAAAAACAAUACAUACAUUGCAAACUAAAAUGAAUAAUAAUAGAUACAAAGCAGCUUUAAAUUCAAUUUUUACUGAAGAUCAGAUCCAGGCUUUAUUCACGGAAAAAAGAAGUAUUCGAAAUUGGUCCCAUAAAACAGUACAUCGUGCUCUGCAAUUAAAAUUUGUUUGUGGAAAUAAUGGCUAUGAAGAACUCAUUCAACAUGGAUAUCCAUUUCCGAGUUUGAAAACGUUACGACGGAAAUUAGAAGAUUUUAAAUUUGAGCCUGGAAUUUCAAACAAAAUGUUUGAAUUCCUAAUACAUAAGAAACCAUAUUUGGAAAAAGAAGCUGAUUUGGAAUGCGGCCUGGUAUUUGAUGAAAUGGCGAUCACACCUAAAAAAUGUUACAAUUCAUCAACGGGAUCAUUAAUAGGAGACAUAACAUUUCCCAACGAGAAAGGUAGCGCAACGCAUGCUCUUGUAUUUAUGUUUGUCGGCAUUAGUAAUAGAUGGAAGCAUGUCGUGGGAUACCAUUUUACUGGUAACAGUUUUAAUAGUGAAACUUUAAAAGAUAUAAUCUUUCAGAUAAUUGCUAAAGCAGAGCAAAUAGGUUUCCAUGUAAACUUUUUUACAGAUAUCGGAUAUGAGUUCUGGAAAUGUUGCAUUGUGGAAAUUAUUGGGUAUAAGUACUGGGCGAUUUAGUAAAAUAAUUAAUUAUAUCACACAUCCAUUCGAUACAAAUCGAUAUUUAUAUAUUAUUGGCGACCCACCACAUAUUUUAAAAAAUCUUAAAUCAGCAUUAGUCAGUAAUGAAACGAUAAUUAUUUCUAAUGAUGUAGUAAUAAAGUAUAACUUACCUUCUGAUAAAAUUGAAUUGCAACAUUUUUGUGAACUGAUAGAUAUUCAAAAUAAUUCUGAACUUUUAUUAACGCCUAAACUAAAAAAGAUGACAUUAGAUGCAAUAAUUUCAACAAAAUGAAAGUAAAUAAAGCUAAACAUGUUUUUUCAAACGAUGUGAGUAACUCAUUUCAAUUAUUAGCAAAUGAAAAUAAUAAACCAGAGUUUAUCACUACCGCCUGGUUUGUUACCAUCGUGUGUAAAUGGUUUUCUCUUAUGACAUCAAGAUAUUGCAAAUUAGCCCUUGGUACAAAAAAUGAAAAUGUAUACAACGAAAAUAUUACUUUUUUAAAUGAAAUUAUUGAUAUUUUUAUAAAAUUAAAGAUAGGUACUGGACAAUUUAAACCGGUACAAAGAGGUAUUAUAAUUAGUACUAAAUCAGUAAUAGACUUAAUUGAAUAUAUUAUUACUUAUAGAAAUUUUAAAUUUGUUUUAACUUCUCGAUUCACUCAAGAUUGCAUUGAGAAUCUCUUUUCGCAAAUAAGACAAAAAAACGUUAUACCAAAUCCCUUACAAUUUACAAAUAAUUU